GACAGAGAGAGAGAGGGCAUUGUCAACCUGACAGAACAGAGCUAGAUAAUAAGACUGCAUACUAUCAGAUUCAGUUACCAAUCUCCUCUGAUGCCAAAAUCUGAUAAUAAAUCUUUCAGUCCACCUGCUGCAACUCUCUUUCAACUUGCUCUCACUAGAGAAGUGGCUUCUUCUAUACUUCAUUCUUGUUCCAAUUCCUAUUUAGGCUCUUAAGGGUAUUCAGCGUGUGAAACCGUGAGAAAUGGCGACAUUGCAAGAUCUUGCAGUUUCUGCUGUCAUAAACAUUCUGGCCACCUUUGCAUCCUUGCUAGCAUUUGCCCUUCUCAGAGUCCAGCCCAUCAAUGACAGAGUAUAUUUUCCGAAGUCAUAUAUAAAUGGCAGAAGGAAGAGCACCACGAGCUCGGGGGGAUUGGUGCCCAAAUUUGUAAAUCUGAAGCUUAUAACAUUCUUGAAGUUCUUGAAUUGGAUGCCUGAAGCACUUAACAUGAGUGAAAAGCAGAUAAUUGAUCAUGCCAGUGUAGACUCAGCAGCUUACCUUCGGAUUUACCUUCUCGGGCUGAAGAUGUUUCUGCCAAUGGCCUUUGUUGCCAUCCCAGUCCUUGUACCUGUCAAUGUAUCCGGCUCAACUAUUUCUUUCUUGGGGAAGAACGCACUGCAUAAUGACAUUGAUAAAUUAUCAAUAUCAAAUGUCAGUCCUGGAUCUCAGAAGUUCUGGUUUCAUGUUGGUGCAGCUUAUAUAUUCACUUUAUGGACCUGCUUCCUGCUUUACAAGGAAUAUAGUUCAAUUGCCUCAAUGAGAUUACAAUUUUUGACUUCACAAAAGCGCCGUGUUGAUCAAUUCACUGCAAUUGUUAGAAACGUGCCUUCUGGUUCUGGGCUCUCAGUAUCAGAAAAAGUGGAGCAUUUUUUUCGGAAACACCACCCUCAUCACUAUCUACAUCAUCAGGUAGUUUACAAUGGAAAUAAAUUAGCCAAGCUUGUGGAAGAAAGGGAGAGCCUUCAGAAUUGGCUAGACUAUUAUCACCUUAAGUUUGAAAGGCAUCCUGAAGCCCGGCCCACAUGCAGGACAGGAUUCCUUGGCCUUUUUGGCAGGAGAGUGGAUUCAAUUGAUUACUAUAAGCAAAAAAUUGAAGACCUUGACAAGAAGAUAAUUAUAGAGCACGAGAAGGUUCUAAAUGAUCCGAAGGCUACCUUGCCUGUAGCUUUUGUUUCCUUUAAUUCACGACUGGGUGCAGCAAUAUGUGCUCAGACACAACAAUGCAAGAACCCCACACACUGGUUAACUGACUGGGCGCCGGAGCCACGUGAUGUCUACUGGCAGAAUUUGGCUAUACCAUUUGUCUCUCUGAUCAUCAGAAGAUUAGUCAUAGCAGUGUCUAUGUUUGCAUUAAUGGUCUUUUAUAUGAUACCCAUAGCCUUUGCACAAUCACUUGCAAAUCUUGAUGGUUUAGCCAAAGUUGCACCCUUCCUCAGGCCAGUCAAUGAACUGAAGGUGAUCAAAUCAUUCCUUCAGGGCUUUCUUCCAGGAUUCGCACUAAAGAUUUUCUUAUUUUUCCUCCCUACAAUCUUGACAGCAAUGUCUAUAUCUGAAGGCCAUGUGUCCUUGUCAAAGAUAGAUACAAUCGCAGCAGCCAAACAUUAUUAUUUCAUGUUGGUGAAUGUAUUCUUAGGGAGCAUAGUUUCUGGAACAGCUUUUCAACAGCUUAGUUCAUUUCUGCAUCAACCACCAAGCGAGAUAGCGAAAACCAUUGGAGUAUCAGUUCCAACGAAGGCAACGUUUUUCAUAACAUACACAAUGCUUGAUGGUUGGUCUGCCAUAGCUGCUGAAAUUCUUCGACCAAAGUCACUGGCCAUACACCAUCUUCAAAACAUGUUCUUGAUAAGAACUGAGAAAGAUAGAGAACAAGCAAUGGAACCAGGGAAUAUUGGGAUUGCAGAGAAUCUCCCAAGGCUUCAGCUAUAUUUUCUUCUUGGACUUGUCUAUGCAGUUGUCUCCCCAAUCCUUCUGCCUUUUGUCAUCAUUUUCUUUGGCUUGGGCUUCCUUGUCUAUCGCCAUCAGAUUAUCAAUGUCUAUGAUCCACAUUACGAAAGCAUAGCUUCAUUUUGGCCACAUGUGCACGAGAGAAUUAUUACAAGCUUGAUUACAUCACACUUUCACCUGAUAGGUCUUCUCAGCACAAAGAAGGCUCCGUCUACUCCCCUGCUAAUUAUUCUACCUAUGUUGACGAUCUGGUUCCGUAACUACUCAAAGAAAAUAUUCGAGCCGACAUUCUCGAAGCACCCAGUAGAGGAAGCAGCGGCAAAGGACGCGAUCGAACGGGCAGCAGGGCCAGACCUGCAUCUGAGACCCUGGUUGGCUGAUGCUUACUUACACCCAGUUCUUCGAGUUGUUGACGAUUUGGGGAAGAGGGGAGCAAGCAGUCGGAGGACAGAAGACUCUGCACCAAUCAUCCGAGCUACCAACGAUUUGGGACACCAGAGGGAAGCAGGUAGUCGGCGGGCCGACUAUUCUCCAUCGUCUUCAAUCAGCGAACUCAGCUCUCCUUCACCACAAUAUUAUGUGUCCCGCCACGUAUGAGAGAGGAGUAGAGAUCAAGUGUCUCUUGUACAGGGUGCUCACCCACCAGGAAAUGCAUGGUUCUGACAGUGUUUUAUGGAGACACGAUAUAGAAGGUCUCCCUGAAUCUUGCUUUGUUCAUUUGGGUGGCUUAUUAUGCAUACAAAACGAAAGCUCCAUCCUUUUAAAUCUGUGUAACAGUUGUGCAGCCAAAGCUUUUGGAGGUCACUCUCAUGGAGGCUCUGCCUCUGUUUAUGUGGUCAAAUGGCGUGUGAACGUCACCAAAUUGACACAAACCGAAAGCCGACGCUCCAUUACACAAAUGGUUGUAUCAUGAGCAUAAUUCAAUAUUUGAUGAGGCAGAUUCAUGAAACAUGCUUGUAUCAAAGGAACCAUGUCUCCAUGAAUCUUACUUUGCUCCUUGUGAUCCUCAGUAGUGUUAGAUCUUUGCAGCAGAACGGUGGCUUGGCAGCGAAAUGGUGGCCUGCAAUCAGUGUUCUCAGGCAGCGUUUUA